UAGGGGCAGCAGACAACGGCCCAUAUAUCACGUACUUUCAUGGUGCCCUAUUCGUCCUUUUUGGAGGUGUACGACCAAUCAACCACCUGCUAGCCCUCUUGGCAGGUGGCACUCGGGAGCUGCAGGGCCGAGUUCAUUAUCCCCCUGUUGAAGAUCCAGAAGAGGAAGAGCUAAAACUCAAGGUGGAACGAAUGGAAAUCAUCGUCUCUAUGCUUACAGAGAAGUUCAGAGAGAUGGAGACGGCGAAAAUCGAGGAUGGCGUCAAAAAGCAGCAUAACAUGCUUGAAGUUCAAGAUACCUUCGAGAAGACCGCAGCGCGCCUUGAAGAUGGAGCUAGAAGGAGAGAGAAGAAAUCCGAGAUCGCGUUGGAGUCGAUUGACCGACGUGUCGAAGGCCUUGAGAAGCAAUACGAAGCUUUACUUUCUAUAAGCGUGAGGGAAGCAGAGGCUAACAAACCACCCAACGGGACCCUACGUGCUUUGGUCGUUGCUCUGUUGGAUUGGAUUGAUGCUUUUUGGAACUCAUGGCGUCCCCGAAGCUCGCGAUCUCGGAGGGCACCCGCUUUUGCGACAAACCCGAGAUAUGAGUCGCGAAGAUAUCCGGCAGGGGGAAACGGGGCAAUUAUAGGCGGCCGCGGACUAGCUCCUCUUCACCGAAGGGCUUAUGACGGCUCUGGUCAGAAUCUUGAUACCGUUCUUGAGGAGGAAGGGCAUGAAUUUGAGUCGAAAGGCGAUCUAGCCGUUCCUCGCGACGUGCCUGGCGUUGACUUGCCCCAUUCCAUCCCGGAAUCCCUGGAAGUCAACAACUCAAUCAGGGCUGAGUCCUACGUCCAGCGUGAAUGGGAGCACGUCGCAAUUUGCAAAGCUCCCGACAGAUGGGAGCCAGAAUACGAAAAGACGUCAAACGCAGCCGAAAGAAAAGGUCAACGGACAGGAGUCGUAGACCCUGAGAAACCUAUUACCCGGCCAGUAGCCGGAGCAAAACCUUCUUGUACGUGUUGGAGCUUGGUUGGCAAGUGUUUG